AUGUCAUCAGCAGAUAUCUAUGUAACGACUAGUGAUUUGAAGAAGGAUUAUAUGGCCUUCAGUUUCAUGUGUGAUAGACAACCAAAGGAAGAGGUAAUUUAUGGUAUUCAUCACUUUAUUGAGGGAAAGGAAAAUAUAACUACUAAGGAAGAAGAUACUCCACCUCCUGCUUCCGAAAGAGAAUAUCAAGGAAUUUCCGAUGAGGAAGAUGAACAAGAUAAUGAAAGCAAAAAACAGGCAUCAUUGGAACUUUCUGAAACUGAUAAAAGAAAUAAUGUUUUAAAAAGGAUGCAAGUGGAUAGUUUUUCAGAUCUUGACUCGGAAGAAGCUUCAAAAAUUCAGACAGAAAUUGUUAUUUACAGAUCGAAUCCUCGGUUGGACAUUGUGGAUAUGGUUUCUCUUUCGAAAUCUAUUACAUUUGUUCCGUUUGAUUUUGUUAAUCUCAAAUUGAUUUCGUGUGGAUUGAGUUCGGCUUCUCUACGAGUUCUUGGCCUAGCCCUAACUCAUAAAAAGACUUUGAGAUAUUUGAGUGUGGAAAUGAACCCUCUAAAAGAGACUCAUGAGGCUAGAGAUGAUAAAUUAAUGCACGAUAUUCCAGCUCUUGGAAAGCUCUAUAAUACUAUCCUUCCAAGAGUGAAAGAGGAACCUGAGGAGGAAAAGAAAAAAACAGUAAAAAAGGAUAAAAAAGCAGAGGAAGUUUCACCAGAAGUUAAAUCAUUCCUGGAAAAGUAUUGUGGACCAAAUUCGAGCCCAUUUGCUCCAUUAUUCAUGACAAGUGCCAAAUAUCUAUCACUGAGAGGAAACAAUCUUUCUGAUGAUGACGCUGUUUGUAUUGCGGAAUUACUGAAAAGUGACAGUGAGAUUUUCUCCCUUAAUUUAUGGGGAAAUCGUAUUGGAGAUGUUGGAGGAGUAGCUCUCGCUAAGAGUUUGAGAACAAAUCAAAAAUUGCUUUCACUAAGCUUGGCUAUGAAUAGAAUUGGAGAUGAAACAUUCAUGGAAAUAUGUAAAACAAUGGCUCCUCUUGAUAUUUAUGAUGAGAAUGAGUUCCAGACAAUCAGAGAAAAUGCCUAUUUGAGUUUUUAUGGAGCUCAAAAUAUACAAAGAGAUCAAAGUACCAAUUCUCUACUGAUACCAGCAGUUCCUCCUCAUUUACAACCUCCUGAAACUAAUGAUAAGAAAAAGAAACCACCAUCCAAACCAGUCAAGGUAAAUCCAAACGAGAAGGAACUGAUAGAAUGGGACAGUAAAACAUCUCGAUAUACCUAUGAAGAAGUGGUGGAACCACCAAAGACAUUAGGUGUAAAAACUGCCUCUAAAUCCAAUUCCAAACAAAAUGUUACAACUGUUACUGAACCAAAGGUCGCUGAGCCUCUAAAACCAAUUUACAAAAUACCUGGAAAUAGCUUAUUAAGAAAUAUCAAUCUGAGUGCUAAUAUUGACGUAACAGAUGAUGGAGCUCAAUACUUUGUUGACGCUCCAAUAGGCAUCAGUUCAAAUCUAUGUAGAAUAUCUCUCAGUGAUACCUCUGUUUCAUUGCCAGUCUUUGAAAGACUUGUCAGUAAACUUCUUUCUGGCAAGGAAGAAUAA